AUGAUUAAGUUAAUAAAGUAAAUGCAUUAAUACAUACGUGAAGGAAUGGCGUAAAUUCACGAGUAAUUAAAUGAAACUGCAUCACCAAAAUUUGUAAAUGUGUGCUUCUAAAAGAAGCAAACUAAGACAUGAAUGUGUAGAAGUGAAACAAUGGAUUGAACCGUCGACUCCCGGUGCAUAGAAACCAAUCACAACAAACCCGAAUGUUUCAGCGGCAAAAACAAAAGGGAGGAAUUAGCAAUAAUUGUUUAACAAUAAAAUCCAACCAGCGAGAUGGCCACUGGUGAUCUGAAAGGAUGUUUAAGAAAGCUGGAAGUCUCUCUCCGUUCUCUAAAGUAUCCCAGAGAUGUGGACUAUCAAAGAUUGGCUGUGGGAGAUCCAUCAGCAUGUCUUCCCAUUGUGAGCUAUGCCUUCACAUCCUUUUCCCCAUCACUCACAGAGCACCUGGUCGAUUAUGGGGUGGAACUGACGGGAAUGAAUGACUUACGAUUUAUUGAGAAUGUUUACAAGGUCUUACGGGAUGUUUUCAGCUAUAAGCCAUUGUUGACCAAACAGCAGUUUCUUCAGUUUGGCUUUGCUGAGAGGAAAGUCACCAUUCUCUGUGAUAUCAUUGGCCUUGUUCUCAACAAGCACAAAGAACUCACUAAAGAAAGCAAGCAUGUCAGUAAGCCGAAGAGAAGACCUCAGUUGAAGAGCUGCAUUAAAAAUGAGAUCCCUUCUGCUGAGAGUAACUCACUGGUGUUAACAUCCCUGACAGUACCUCAGAAGCAGCCACUGGUAGAAAGGCAUCUUGGCAGCAGCUCAGCACCAACUCAGAUCAGACGCUCAUCAGAUGAGCAACCACGGCAGGAAGAGGAAACAGAAAAGAGGGAGUUAGACAGUGAGCAUAUAGAGGAUUCGCCUCAACCUACAGAUUCCACUGAGUGUGUGUUAGAGAGCCGGCUGAGGGGCGUGGAGGUAAGUCUUCUGGAGAGUGUUGGCAGGCUGGAGCAGCGAUUGGCCUUCAUGGAACACAGGAUACAUGCACUGGAGAAAAGCUUGGCUGGCAAGAUUAUCAUCGAGAGCAACCAGUGGGAGAACUUGGAGAGUCGCGUGCUGCUGCUGGAGACCAGGCUAGCACUGACCUCAGCACAGGGUCUAACUUCACAAGAUGGGGUCUUCAGCUCAGGCAAGGUUGAAUCUAAAGAGAACACAGUAUCUGCAAGUGGCUUUUCUGCUGUGAUUCAACCAUCAUCUGACAUCAGUGAUAAUGGGCAUAUUCUAGCCAGUUCUUCUCCCACAGCAACCCAGAAUUUUAAAGAAAGGCUGGACAGAAUAGUUUACAUGAUGAAGGAUACAUCUAACAUUCUGCAAAAUAUAGAGCCGACAAUACGAAUUUGAUCUCAUCUCAAGUUUAAUAAAAUAAAUAAUAAAAAAUUAA